GCUUAUAAAUACCGUGAGCGAAAGUAAGGAAAGUGGUCAGUCCACUGAUAGCCAUUAACGCGGUAGUAGUCGUAGCUUGAGAAGAGGGCACGCAACGUUCUGUUUCUGUGUUGGAACGUGUGGCGUCCGCAAAACGGUGGUGCCUCUUCGAAAAAAAAAUCGAAAUCGAAAUCGAAAAAAGAACAGACUCGCUCGCAAUGUUUAAGGUGAGUUUCAGUGGUUUGCGCGAGCGCGACGUCGUCAGUGAUCUUAAGAAAUCCCUUUUCUGUAUCUGGUUCCAGCUGGUGGUGGUCAUACUGUGCUUCGCCACACUGCUGGUUUCCACCGGGAGUGCACUGAAGAAAGACGAGUAUGAGAUCAGUAUCAAGCACGGUUCGUACGCCGUCCACCAGCGGCAUGUGAACGCGGACAGUACGCGCGAGGGCACGUCGCGCUCGGUGCCACUAGCGCCCACGAUUGCCCCCGGAAGUGCUGCGGCCAAAGAAAAUGGUCAGCAACGCAACGAACAGUUCUUUGGUGCGGUGAACGCAGAACGGGCCGGUGCAUCGGGUGGCUCGGUGGGUGAGGGUGAACGAAUCUCGACCACACUGACGGUGCCCAAACCGACCGCGCCGAGUGCAAAGCAAGUGACGGGUGGCGAUGAAGUGUCCGCGGGUGUGAAACCGAUCAAGAGCAUAGACUUUAAUGCCGUGUCCCCGGGGCUGGAGGAGGUACCACUGCAGGCGACCAUCUUCCAGAGCAGCCAGGGACGCGGUCAGAACCGUGUCUUGUCGUACCAGUCGGUGGAAUACUAUUCGGCGGACGAAGCCACCACGGAACGGGAAGCGAUUGUGCAGCCGAUCAGUGCGCAGGACUUUUACAACACGCCACAGCUGCGUGAACGUGGCCCAGUGUUGUUUGCUACCGAGCCACCGACCACUACCACCACGACCACCACGACAACAGUGGCCCCAACAACGGUGAAGCCUCCUGGCAAGUUGCUGAAAUCGAUCCCAAAGUCGGCUGUGGAAGAGAACGAAGAGAUCUAUCUGUUGCUCAAGUACGAGAACCCGAAGAAGAAGCCCGAAGCACAGACGACGACUGGACCUGAGGGAGGAGAUCAGAACCAAAUCAGUGCUAAUCGUGAACGUCAAGGAACGGUUGAGUCAUCGCGUGUGAGAACCUCCCAACAGAGUGCUCGUCAAAGUGCGGGAUCUCGCAAAAGGCCGCAGGCUGAGGAGGGUCCCGUUGAUUCCUUGCAGGAAAGUUUGAGAGCUGGAGGAAGUUUCACGACGGUAGGGUACUUUGUUAGUGAUUCAGAAACGACCACACCGAUGGCCCCGGUGUCUACCUCCACCAAGAGCUCUGAAAGUUACCCACCGACGGAGUCUCCUAGCUGGAGUUCGCAGGUUCGUUUCCCGUCCAGCAAACUGCGCAACAGCUACGGGGACUAUCUGAGUGCAGACUUUAAGGACUUUGAGGACUCUAUUCGUCCGAUCGAAGAAAAUGUGGAAGAAUCACCCGAAGAAGAAACAUCAGAAAUGGAGGACGGUAAUGAAGAAACGGGAGCUACCGAUCCCGCCAAUAUCGAUGCCAAUUUGGACGUUAUCGAAAUGACACGAAUUCUCGCGGGGCGUCAGGGAGGACUCACGAUAUCCGAGUUCAACCGACUGUUUAAAGACUAUCUCAAGAAAGAGAUCACCGCACAAGAUCUGGAUGAGUUUAAAAAGCUCGAAAACGGCGAAGAGGAGGCACCCAAAGAAGCGCCCUCUAAUGAGGAUCCAACCAAGUCGUUCGAUAUACGGGCGGAGAAUGGGAAGAAGAGUUUAAAGGCAGGUGGUAGCUUGGCCGGUCCUACUGCAGCACAGAAGCAGCAGCUCGAUCAGUUGAAGGUGCUGAUUAACAAGGGCUCUCUGAAGCCUGGACGGAAGGAGAAGGUAGUCAAGAUUGGAUACGGUGGGUCGAAAUCGUUCCAAGGCGUAUACAAAUCGCAAAAAUUCCUGGAGAAGGUGAAAUCGGAGCGUACCCCGGUGCUGGCCGAUGGAUCGUGGGGUGGGCUAGAGUACAGGCAGCAGCAACCGGUGCGGGAAAUAGGACCGAUGGCUUACGUAGACAAUCCGGUGUUCGGGUUUGUGCCCGGUGGAAGGGCGCGUGCUGGGCCCAAGGAUGGCCUGAAAGCUGUUAACGGUGGUCAGAGCUAUGUAAAGUUCCAGAAGAUCAGCUAAAUGCGCGGUCUCCGGGUGGGCCCGGGAUCACUCCAGAAGGGUGAUACGUAAGCUGGAAUCCUAACUGCACCCAGCUUUUGUUACCUCUGUGUUUAAGAAUAGCGCUUAGAGAGUUAAUAAAUAGAAGACGUUGUUGUUGA